AUGAUACCGAUACGUGAAAUAAAUCCAGCUGCCUCUUUGCCAGAGGCUUUCGGACAAAUGAAUCUGAAUUGGGCCAAGUAUGUGAUCUCGAUUGGCGCACUCUGCGGCAUGACUACCACACUGCUGGGCUCGUUGUUCGCCUUACCGCGCUGCAUGUAUGCGAUGGCUUCGGAUGGUUUGCUCUUCAGCUGCUUUGGACGCAUCAAUACAACAACGCAGGUGCCUGUGCUCAAUCUCGUGGUGGCUGGUUUGUUAAGCGCAUUGCUUGCGCUACUCUUCGAUUUGGAGAAGUUGGUGGAGUUUAUGUCGAUUGGCACGCUGUUGGCGUAUACUAUAGUCUCCGCAAGCGUUAUCAUACUGCGUUACCGACCGCUGGUCAGUCAGGAGCAUGCCAUUUAUGCGCCCGAUACACCUGAUGAGGACGAUGACGACGACAACACAUCGCAGUCGAGCAUCGACACGGCCUCACCUACUAGUGACCUCAUUGAAGGCGCACUUGCCGGCCGCCUGAAACCGCAAUAUCGUUGGCUCGAACCACUACUUGGACGCUUUGACCCCGGUUCGGCUGUAUCCGCCGCAGUCUUGCUCUUUUCAGUGCUCAGCUUUGCCAUUUGCUUUCAACUUGAAGUGUCUUGGCAUGAACUCUACACAGGCUCUUGGUGGGCGCUGAUACUGUACGGUUUUAUGAUUUUCAUAGCAUGCGCUUGUGUUGCUGUUAUAGCGGUACAUCAUCAAAAUACGCGCGGUCUGAACUUCAAAGUGCCGCUUGUACCCUUCGUGCCAGCUCUAAGCAUCUUCUGCAAUAUUGUACUGAUGGUACACUUGAGUGCGCUCACCUGGUUACGUUUCUUCAUUUGGGUCGCCCUCGGUAUGUUGAUCUAUUUCUUGUAUGGCAUACAUCACAGCAAAGAGGGUGAGGUUUGCUCUUCCUAUUCGAUGCUAAUGACCUCCACGGAAGCGGGCAAAUCAACUUGGGGUGCUACGGGUGCUGGUUUCACCAUUAGUCUGAGUGGCAGUGGUGGUGCUGGUGUCAUCAAGCGCACUGUGUUGCAACGUUUCAUAGGCAGGAAGAUGGAUGAUAAUAAACCGAUUGUGGAGGAGGACGUCAAUGAAGUGGACGAGGAGGGGCAGACAUAG